AAUUCCUCGUCUUCACAUCAACAUUUGAAAGCCGUAAUUAAGAGACCAUGGCUCGGGAUUUUUUCUUCGUGGUUUUCCUUCUGGCGUGUGUGGUAGCAUGUGUCCAUUGUUUGAAUUGUAACCAGUGCGUGGCGCCCCUCCCCGAUAGCCUAUCAGAUUGCCAGGCUAUGAACACGUCAUCAACCGCCACAAACUGCUCCGCCAAUCUAAACAGCUACUGCUUCACCGCAAGAGUCGAAACAGCCGGGCUACUAACGGGGUUCUCCCGCGGUUGCAUGGCAGUCAGCACGGGGAACGGCUGUGUCAGCCUGGGGGUGGUAACGACCUGUAGCACGUUCUGCACCACGGACGGCUGCAACACUGACAACGCCGCCUACGUCACCCACGCCAGCGUCACGCUUCUGCUGCUGGCCGCAGCGGUGGCAGCUCUGGCUGCAGUUCAUGUCUGAAUCGCUAGAUAACGUUGCUGGCUAG